AUGCCUCGCACCCUGGACUCCCAGAUCACCAUGGAGAAGACCCCCAGUUAUUUUGUGACCAAAGAGACUCCUCAGAGGAUCUCCGCCAUGUCCCGGGAAACACGGCUCAUCGUGGUGGUGAGGGAUCCAGUCACACGUGCAAUAUCUGACUACACACAGACCUUGACCAAAGCUCCAGACCUGCCCAGCUUCCAAGAGUUGGCCUUUAGGAACCAGACUCUGGGGAUCGUGGACACUUCUUGGAACGCCAUCCGCAUCGGCCUCUACGCCCUGCACCUGGACAACUGGCUGCGCUUCUUUCCUUUGGCUCAGAUCCACUUUGUGAGUGGAGAACGUCUCAUCACAGACCCAGCAGGAGAACUGGCGCGAGUUCAGGACUUCCUGGGUCUGAAACGUAUUGUGACAGACAAACACUUCUACUUUAACCGCACCAAAGGUUUCCCCUGCCUAAAGAAGCCAGAGAGCAGUGGGUCCCCGCGCUGCCUGGGCAAGUCUAAAGGCAGAACACAUGUCCAGAUCGACAGGGAGGCCAUCGAGCAGCUCAGAGACUUCUACAGACCCUACAACAUACGCUUUUAUGAAAUGGUCGGCCACGACUUUAAGUGGGAGUAG